AUGAGUAGCACUGAACUUAGCAGACAAGGCUCUCUAAAGUGUUGUAGGCACGAAAAACGGGUAGCGGACGAGAAAAUGAAAAAAUAUGGGAACGCCCACCCCUCGAUGGAAUUCUUGCCAAUAUGUAUCGAGGUUCUCGGCCCGAUGGACCCCAACACCCUUAAAUUUCUUAAGGCAAUAUGUAAAAUGAUCAGCGUCAGAUCAGGCAACAGCAGGGAACUGUUUUUCGCAACCAACCACAUUUCGUGCUUGUUGCAGCGGUUCCUGCGUGUCUGUGUGCUUGAAAAUAUCCAACUGAAUGCCGACAUGUGCAAUUAA